AUGAGUGAAGGAGCAAUCUCUUCAGCUCCACCUGUUUUUCCUGUUGUUUCUGGAGACUCGGAAGGUGCUAAUCCGACAGAAGAGCAGGAGAGCUCUCCACCAUCCAGGGAAUUACACUGCAGUGGUUGUAUUGUGUGGCCUCGCCAACAAACCUGGCUCUGCAUUGUUCCUCUUCUCAUUGGAUUCAUUGGGCUGGGACUCAGUCUCAUGUUGCUCAGGUGGAUUCUUGUUGGUUCGGUGAAGGAAUAUGUGCCCUCAGAUAACUUGGAGUCCAACCGCAUUGGACAGGAUCCUAUCUUCCUCUCGAAGCCAAGCUCCUUCCCUAAGCAUGAGGCCACUACCAUGUACACUGGUACAAAUACCAUGGCAGUGCCCUUUUCUACCUCUUCAAGCAAAUUCUUUCUGCACGACUCCACACCAUCCUGGACACUAAUAAAAUCGGGGGAAUCUACCACUGAGAUCCAUUCUGUUAUUGGACCCAAAUUUCCUACCACAACCUACACAACAGAGAGGUCGGAACAUUUUAAACCCUGCACUGAUAAGGACCUUGCCUACUGCCUGAACGAGGGAGAAUGCUUCAUCAUUGAAACCCUGACUGGAAAUAACAAGCACUGUCGGUGCAAAGAGGGUUACCAAGGUGUUCGCUGUGACCAAUACUUGCCGAAAACGGAUUCAAUCUUAUCAGAUCCAACAGAACAUCUGGGAAUAGAAUUCAUGGAGAGUGAAGAUAUUUACCAGAGACAGAUCAUGUCAAUAACCUGCAUCACCAUCGGACUCACUGUGGUCGGGAUGCUUUGUGUGGUUCUGUACUUCAAAACAAAGAAACAAAGGCAAAAACUGCGUGAUCAGGCCAAGGAAAUUCGCUUCGGGAAAAGUUACAGUCUGAACACUUCCGAACUGUCCACAGCAAAUAACACACAGCAGAAUGUGUUACAGCUGGAAAACUUUACAAAGUCAGACAGCAACAUUGGGGAAGGAAGAUGCAAAAUUCUGGAAUCAAAGUUUUCAGUUCCUGGAUCCUCCCCAGCUGACAAAUCAGUAUCCAUCAACCCAACAGGCAAACAGCAAAGGUAUUGUCCAUCCUCAUCCCUUAGUCCGAGGCAACUGGGCAGAUUGUCAUCGAAGGUCAGUCCAGGACCAACAGCACUUUUAACACAGGGUUCACUGAGUGCGGUUGUAGAACCCCCAGACUCAAAGUCUCCCAGUACAAAUAGCCAGAUUCAAGCUUCAACCAAGGAUUGCUUAGACAACAAAGGACCUUCAGUCACUUGUUGGAAAUCUCCCGAAAAUUCUCUUAAUGUUAUGCAUCCCGCGCCGUCCCACAGGGCUAUCCAGCUUUGCGCUUUGGAGUUUAAAGAUAAAGGAGUGGUUCCUCAUUGCUGGGCAGGUUCAGUUCCUGUAACCCCGUCGAUGGGAGAGAAGAGUUGUGUCCAGGUCCAGGUGAAGGAUCCGGAGUCCGACAGCCCCGAUCGUCACCCUCAGUCCUGCUGUCCCGAGCUGGUUACUGCCAACACACCCAACAGCCCAGUCCAUGGAGCAGAGAGUCAGCAAGUGGAGAUGUUGCUUCAGAAUGCACAGCAACAGAUUCAGAUCUUGACGUAUGCCAGUCAAAAGGCCGAGGACUAUGAACUGAUCAACGAGUGUGAGGAGCGGGCAAGUGAAAAUACGGCAUUUCUGCCAGUGGUUUCUGCUGAGGAGGUGCCAUUUCUGGUGAGACAAGAACAGUACAGAGACUGCAAUUUAGGAAAGUGA